GGUCAGAGACUGCAGACAUACUACAGGAGAUGGUCAGAGACUGCAGACAUCCUACGGGAGAUGGUCAGAGACUGCAGACAUGCUAUAGGAGAUGGUCAGAGACUGCAGACAUACUAUAGGAGAUGGUCAGAGACUGCAGACAUACUAUAGGAGAUGGUCAGAGACUGCAGACAUACUAUAGGAGAUGGUCAGAGACUGCAGACAUACUAUAGGAAAUGGUCAGAGACUGCAGAUAUACUACAGUAGAAGGUCAGAGACUGCAGACAUACUAUAGGAGAUGGUCAGAGACUGCAGACAUGCUAUAGGAGAUGGUCAGAGACUGCAGA